UUCUUUCUGCAGUGAUUUCAGUUAACUAUUUCGAAAAUUCUUUGGAUGUUGUAAUCAGGAAGGUUGUUAGGUUAAUUAGGUGUUAAUGAAUUAUUUCUUUAUUUGUACACUGAAUACACAAUUGGCGAGUCAAAAUAUAUUGAGAGUUUUUACACUGAUGUUUCCAAGGCAUAAGUUAAUAAAUACUAUUCUCAUCGGUGCAGAACCAGGCAUAAAUUUAUAUUUUCCCCAUCAGUGCACAACAAGGCAUAAGUUGAUACUUUUCCCCUCAGUGCAGAACCAGGCAUAGUGGAUAUUUUUUCCCAUCAGUUCAGAACCAGACAUAAGUUGAUAUUUUUCACAUCAGUGCAGAGCCAGACAUAAGUUGAUAUUUUUCCCAUCAGUGCAGAGCCAGACAUAAGUUGAUAUUUCUUCCCAUCAGUGUAACACCAGGCUAGAAAAAAUAUAAAUGUCAGUACCGGUUUUUGUGGUCGUAUAUUACUUUAAAAUAUGAAUACGGAAUUGUGCAUGUGUUUCAUUUCAGAAGAUAUUUUCCCUUCAAGUCUGCCAACAUUGAAUGUAUGAUUUCAAUAAACGAAAUCUGCUGUAAAUCUAUCAUCAUAAGUACAUGACAUCUAUCAUCAUACGUACAUGACAUCUAUCAUCAUACGUACAUGACAUCUAUCAUCUACAGCUAAAUGCAAUUUUGUGUUGUUGCGUUUUUAAUUAUAUACUUAACUUUUUUUAUAUGCUCAAAAUGCAUACCCUUACAUAAGAAUUUCUUCCCAAAAUUACAGGCUUAGAACAUUGCACUUCUUAAAAUGGUUAUAUUUAUUCAUCGAGUUUUUAAUUACAAACCAACGAUUGCAACUAAAGCUUGACGAAGUGCAGGCAUAGUAAACCAACCUGUCUCGCCGUAAGAGCUUGGCCUCAAAAGGGGAACAAUGCAGUUAAUAACUCAUUUUUUCAAUAUAUGAUAAGUUCCUGCCCCUUUUAACCAAGAUUUUUUUUCCUUCCUUUUGGCGAAGUCCAGAAAUUCCCAAAAGUGUAAGAAAUUCCAACCUCUGGAAAUCCCCCUUGGUUCCAAGCUAACACCAAAGACGAUUUAAAAAGUAAAAAAAAAAUAAAAAUACAAAGACCGUGAUAAAAUUAAAAAGUCAUGGAGGAUUCAGUCUGUCGUAUCAUGUCAUGUUUCAAAUGUGCAUCACUGAAAAAGCUGUAAGUCCCAAAUCACUAACCGGUAUCAUCUUCUGUCAUCAAACCAGAGCAAUGUGCAACACACUAGUGACUCUGUUGAUCACCCUGGCACUGUCCCUGGGUGACGUGCGGUGCUGUAGUUCCACUGAGGUCAGGGUGGUGGACAUGACGCACGCUAUGGGCAAUGACUCCCUCUUGUGGCCGGGCGACACACAGUUUACGUUCACAAUCAUAAAUAGAGGGAGGCAGCCGGAUGGCUAUUGGUGAGUUUGAAUCAUUUUAUUUUACUGCACUUGUUUUCAAAUCUUUCAAAUUUAUUAUAAUUUACGACCGCUGGAAUAACGAAGACAGGGGGUCUCCAGCUGACACCCAUGGGACUCCGUGGAAACCUUGAGAACUCUAUACGCUUCUCAUCUGGUAGUAUUGGCUGUGCUGCAACUCUCGCCAAAAGUAGCAGUUGUUGGAAAUGGGUGUCUCAACGAAGGAAAUAAAAAAAAAACAUAUCGUAGCUGACCAACAUGUUCGCUUAUACCAGUGAUUCCCAAAAGUGGUCUAUAUUGACCCCCCAGGGGUCAAAGACAACUUGCAAGGGGGUCCAUGUCAGCGAAACAAAAAAUUGGGCUCCUUGAAAUGAAAAUGGGGGUUAACGAGUUUUUAAUUGCUUUUCCAUCCUCAUAACUAGUGUAAAGGGCUUUCAGCGCAGUUGCCAAUCUCCUCACAAAAAAAAAAAAAAAUAAAAAAAAAAUAAGAAACCAACUUGACAUCAUUAACCGAGGAGAUUUGAGAUUAAACCAAACUCAAUUGAUGACAAAUGUUGAAAAUGUAUUACUAAAGCAUCAGGUUCCACCCUCACACUAAAAGCAUUUAUUUUUUGCUUGGUUAUUUUAUGUAACAGAAAGUAAAUUUUAACUUGGUUCUUUUUAAUUUUGAAUUAAAUUGAUAAAAUUUAUAAAACUUAACAGUUAAAAAAAAAAAAAAAAAUUCACACUACACUUCACUACCGUUAUAAAUUUAAAUCUUUCAAAGUGAGUAGCACUAUACCGGCUGUGAAAUACACAUUUGAAGUUAAUGAAUUUGCGAAAAAUCAUUAUCAGGUAAGCAGGGGGUCUACCCAAAACCGAAAAAUAUGGCAAGUGGUCUACAAGACAAAAAAGUUUGGGGACCUCUGGUAAUGAACGUUGGCCGUGUUUGAAAAAAAGGCAGAAGAAAAUUCCGAGAGAGAUUUAAAAAAUUAAAAAAAUAAAGACAGCACCAGGCAUGGGCGCCCGAAUUGAUUGGAAAUUUUUUUUUUGGACAAAAAUAGACAAAAAAUGUAUUAAAGUAAAGAGAAAAUAAAGAGAAAGUAACUAAGCUGAUGUCCUGUCCGUUCGUUCACAAUACAAAUACGCUAUAGUAAAUUAAAACUACAUUAAAACAUUACUAAAAAUUUUUUCCCCCCCCCCCCCCCGGAAAGUUAAUCCAUUUUUUGCCCCCCCCCCCCUAGAAAGUUUUCUGCGGGCGCCCAUGGCACCAGGUAACAUAUUUCAGUACAGAAACGCUGUCGCGAGAAGGGUAAGUCUGAGCGACCAGUAAAGGAACGUGAGUUUCACCGGAGAACCUUAACAAAUCAUUCCUUAACAAAUCUGGAUCCCCGUACACUAUAUCAAGGACAUCUCAACAAUACAUAAUAAUGCGCCCACAUAUCAGGCUCCGCCAAGGAUCGACCAGUCUGCACCCGGUACGAAAAUGCACCAUGUCCUUAAACAGUCGGCUAGAGAACAUAAGGAGGAUGUUCAGUUUGAAAGAUGUUCCUCGCAGACUUCGAAGUGGCGAACAUAGCACAUUCUUGGAGAUCCCCGUGGGCGCGAUUUUCAUUGUCGAAAACAAAUGACAGGUUGGUUAGACAUCCCCCUUCCGUUGGCAAAAUACCCUUCAAGAGCGCCUAAAUAUAGUAACAAUAGACAGCAUACCUACUGCACCAGGUACCGUCUGUCAACUCCCUGUUCUACUGGAUUGAUUAAUUUCGUCAGGUUCUUUCACACGUUGAAAUACGUCGUACUAAUAUUGAAUCAAAUCAAGUCCUUUAUCACAAUAAAUGUAACUUUAAAAUCUUAUUAUUAACACAGGCGGUAAAUUCUGCAAGCACAUUCAUAUAGCGCAGCUCGCUAUCAGACAUAAGUAAAACCCAUCCUACUGCCACAAAGUUCCAUUCUCGACUGCCGCACGACUAGAACGUACGUCACAAUACAGUCCAGACAAUACGUCAAAAUGAGCAUAAAAUGCCUCACUAAGUCAAGCGCGGGAAGAGCGUUCACUAACUUAUAAAACUCUCAAACACACACCGUGCGUAAUAAAACAUAAUAUUCAGUCAUAACAAUUAUCAAUGAACGCCCAUACUCGACAUUGUCUCAUUAAAUCCCAUUAUGGAAUUGUUCUGCCACUUCUUUCAAACACGGCACCCUUCAAAUAUCACGAAAUUAAUUAUGACCUAUGAAUACUAUAUUCCUCCGUCGAGAGACCCACUCGAAACAACAACUUCCCAAACAUAGCUUCAUUUUCACGACCAAGAACACGUGACAGCUGAAACCAUGCAACGUAGACAAACACGACGUGUUUAAGAUGCUGGAGUUUUAGUUCUGUGUUAACAAAGUUCACGGAAGAAUUUAUCAGCAAUCUUUUUAUCAAUCCUUUAGAAUUAUUGCGACUUAAAAAAAAACAAUUAAAAAAAAACAACAACAACUUACCUAAUGUAAUUCAAAGGUACGUGGAAUUUCGAUGAUGAGAUUACUAAAACUAGUCGGACACUAAUAGUUGACAUAAAGCAUUAAGACUCUCCGAUGAGACGAGAGAGGAAAUCUGAGAGGCAAUAUAUAAUAAAGGAGUCCAGCUUAUCAGGUGCAGCAUAUCAAAUUAGUCACCAAAGGGUCAGCUUAUUAGAACAGUCAUCUUAGAGGCAACUUAUCAAAUUAGUCACUUCAGGGGCAGCUUAUCAAAUUAGUCACUUCAGGGGCAGCUUAUUAAAUUUGUCACUUCAGGGGCAGUUUAUUAAAUUAUUAAUUAGUCACCUCAGUGAUUUGCGUUUCUCAUUAGUAACCCAAAGGACAGGUUAUACAUUUAAAAAAAAAAUUACCUCUGGAUUUCAUUGAAAUCAAUGAAAAAAUCUGAAAGGAAUUGUAAAGAGAGCAAAACUUCAGUCAAUAAAAAUGCAAUGCUUUUUCAAUAGUUGUCUCUCACAUAGUUAGUUCCAGACGGCCAUACGAAUGGAAUGGUGUUACAUAUUAGCCCAUAUACUGUAGUAAUAAAAAUACAAGUAAAUAUUAUAGACAUAUAUUUUAAUCUCUCCCCCCCUCCCCCACACACAUGACGUAAUACAGGUUUGAGUUCAACAAGUUCGACACACCUGAACAUGUCGGCACACACCUGGACUCACCUGCCCACUUUUCUGAGAGGGGUUGGAGAGUUCACCAAAUACCCGCUGAUCGCCUUGUCGGACCCGGAGUGGUGGUUGACGUCAGAGACAAGGUGACCACUAACUCUGACUACAGACUCGUGUAAGUUCAUUCAAGAACAUGCUGUAUAUACUUAGAUGGAUUUAUUAUUUUUUUUCUUUUAAAUUUUCCUUUUUAAAUUUGUUAAUUACAAAAUCUGUAAGGAUGACUAAUUUAUCCUUUUAUGGAUAACCUCUGUUACCUAUCAUCAUCUUUACGGUGGUCGGCAAACGCAUUAGUCAAAAGGGGCGAAAAUCAGCAGCAGGACGAUUAAAAACAUUGUGAGAGUCAAAUUACUUUUCAAGAACCUGUCAAUUACCAUGUUUUUCGUCGGAGUCAAACCCGAGUUGUGGCACUCAUGUCAUUAAAGAGCCGCAUGCGGCUCACCAGCCGCGAUUUGCAGACCACUGGCUUUAGAUAUUCAAUACCUGUCUGAAGCUUCUCAAGAAAAUAUCAAUUGAAAAACAAGAACUUAAGUUUAUAGUAAUUUGGAUUAUAUCAUCAGACCACAAGAGUCGGAAGUACAGGUAUUUUCUUGUGAGGCAGGAGGAUAAAAUUUCACCCCUAUGUAUUUAGUGUUUAAAGUUAUUGACUUUCAAUGACUUACUUAUUGUUCACCCGAGGCAAGUGCCCCAUUUGUCUCCCCAUUGUCCCAGCCCUGCACACCAUGACGUAUGGGAUGAUUAACUUAAAACGAUUUCUGCCUUUUUCAAAGUAAUGAGGGAUCCCAUCUACGAUUUCGCAAAGUUUAUAUUUCUUUGUUGUUUUGAAAGUUUUAAUGAUAUACAAUAAAAUGAACUAAAAAAUCUAAGGGUGAUCCAUCCAACAUUCAUAGAUUAAAACGACUGGCAAGACUGUUCUCAUGGGGAUCAGAUUUUUAGAUAGAUGUCAUGACAGAUUAGUUAAAAACAAUAACUGUGAUAACGCUGAAGCAAUCCGAUAUUGCUGGUGAAAUGUUUUUAAUAAGUGUUGGUAAAAAAAAUUGCAACCUCAAACCUUCAAAUAAUAAUAAUAAUAAUUUUAAUUAAAAAAAAACUGGUACCAGAAAUAAAUUGUGAGAAAAAUAAGAUCUUAUUACUCAGUGGGUUCAAAAUUAACGACUAACUAUGCAAAAAUUCUAUAGUUGAGUUUUUAUCAAAAGAAGAGUCUGCAUUUAGUUGCGUCACUGGAGCUGGCAUCACCCUGUGCUGGAAACUCAUGGUGUCCCCCCCCCCCACCCUCCCAUCCCAUAGACCUAAUUCUUGUCUGCCAGAUUUAGUGACACCUUCUCCUGGUGAUAACCUGAUCUGAUUACUUCCCUUCCUGCUGUAGUGGCCGGACUAGACUUUAAGAUUUAGAAUAGCCGCUGUCCUGCCUUGUUGUUCAGAUUUUAACACUAUUUUGAAUGUCAUGUAGUGUUUCAGAUUUACAAACCUGGGAACGCAAGCACGGGACAAUCCCUGCAGGGGCCAUCGUCUUCCUGUGGUCAGGAUGGGACGUCAGAUAUCCCAACAAAACGCUGACCUUCAACACCCCCACCCCCAACGUCACAGCAUCAUUCCAUUUCCCAGGUAAAUGCAGUGUAAAAUUGUUAUUUUUUUAAUACAUAUAUAAUAAUGUAUGCCAAUGUGCUGUGAGGGGUAGUGUUUCUCAAACUUUUCUGUGAGAUGGACCGGAAGGAAUUGACCUCUUUGCAACAGGGAUCUGUAAUGGUGACUUAUUCAGUAAGGUUAUUUCAUGAUUUUAUAAAAAAAAAUAUUCACAUUUGGCUGGCCUGCAACUGAUUUGUGGGAACCAAUAUGUACCGUAUAUUAAAAUAUACAUUUAUUUUGUUGGGGGGGGGGUGGGUGCCUUAAAUUAGAUUUUGUCUCNGGGGGGGGGGGGGGGGGGGGGGGGGGGGUGGGGGGGGGAUUUUCGGCCAAAGUUAGAGCCUUUUUCGUACAAUGGGUUCGGUAAAAUUCUCGGGGGACAUUAACCCAAGCCACGCCACUCUUUGCCAUCUUAAGGUUUCGAUAGUAAACUUCAAAUAAGAUAUGGAGUUAAAAAUGUUAACAAAUUGCCUAUUUAAUUUUAAUUUAAAAAAAGGCUUCCACACCGAUGCCGUCCGUUGGCUCCUCCAGAACAGAAACAUCAGCAUGAUCGGAACAGACACGCCGUCUACCGACUACGGCCAAUCAAGGGUCUUCGAGGUACACCAAAUGAUCGGCGAAGCCAACGUCAUGGGGCUGGAGAACGUCAACAAACUGGGGGAAAUUCCCGCAUCCGGUGCCACUAUAGUUGUGGCUCCCAUCAAACUUUUUGACGGCAGCGGCGGGCCUGUACGGAUUCUGGCCCUGGUCAAUAAAGAUGACCGCGCCGCCUGUACCACCAACAGUGCCGGGCGACUUCAACCCUUUUGGAUGAAUCUGUGGUGAAGGGCGCUUGGAUUUUGAUCUUGAUUUUUUUAAACCCACUUUUUCAUUACCUCUCAUUGCCAUGUGAUGUGUGAGUGUGCAUAAUUUCUCGGUUACUUUGGUCUUUUAUUAAGGGGCGUAAGGCUGCAAAGGAGGAAGUGGGGGGGGGGGCGAACCUCCCCGGGGAAACACUUUUGGGGCUUAUAUAUAUAGUUUUAUGAUUGAUGUGUGUGUGUGUAUGAAAGAGGGUGCACAUUGGGGAGUUCGCCCCGGUCGUUAUUUUGUCUAAGCGCAUCACUGCUUUUAUGAGUCGGGACGUCCAGCGUCGAUGACACAUGUCGUGUGAAUUGAAUGAAGUAGUGCGAUUGCAUUUUUGUUUAAGUAGGCCCGAAGCAACGUCGACUUAACUUCACCACUCGGCAUCCAAUGUUUCUGUAUAUCCAGACCCAGUGAGUGAUGCUUUUCCUUGUGUACAAGAUGAAUGAAAAAGAGAUUUAAAAAAAAACAAAAAAAUUCAAUUUUAACGAUGUUCAAUAAAGUACACAUACUAAUUGAUUGUUUUAUUCAAAAGCCUUUGAUCGAUUUUUUUUUAAAAUUAAAAUUAUGUUACACUUUUUAUCUAUUUUUUGACCUUUUAAAAAAAUUUUUUUAGCAACGCAGUCUGUGUACACAAAGCCUGCUUUCAAAUACCGAAAUGAUAUAACGGAAAAAAUUAAUUUCCAUUUUAUUUAGUCACCGUACAACUGACAGGAUGGCUGCGCAGAAACUGGCUUAGAAAGCAGCAUUAAAUGCAUUGUCUAUUUAUAACCGAUUUCUGAAAUAGUUUUUCCUUUUGUGCAACAGUCCAAAUGUCUCUUCACUCUGUCUGAGAGUGUGGCAAAAUCUUCGGUCGCUUAAUUGACUCACUUCCCGUAAACCUAUCGAGCUGAAACAUGGCACAUACACUCGUUGUCGAUGGCAUCGCAUUCUGUCAAAUAUUCAGCUCCACAUCACAACG